CACACACACACACACACACACGACAGGUAAAAAAAAAAUGUGCACGCCUGACUUUCACAUAGGACGUUCCCUUUCAAGGGCGGCGGAGAAAAGAGUACCGGGAUGUGGCGGCGAAUCCGUGGUAGCGGUUUGUGAAAACGUCACAGCGUCCCUUGCGUGUGGGUGUGUGUCUGUGACAGAGGAAGAUGGCAACGAAAAAAAAAGAGAGAAUGAUUGUGAAAUCAGAAAAUGCUUUGUUGUUGUCUAAAAAGGAGUAAUCUAUGCGACAAAAGGAUACAUUUUUUAGGCGAUCUUAUUUGCGUUCGUGUGUAGUUUUGUUGUUUGUUUUUGUAAUGUUGGCUCCAUCUUUAUACAGUGUACACCCUGAUUGACUGACAGUGGAAUUGCCCGUAUAGCCACCGUUAGCAUUUUGGCUAACUAGCAAGCUAAGUUGUUUCGUGGAAAUCACUGCGUGGUGGUUGACUUUCAGUCCUGGGAGAGCAGUUGGGGCUAAGGAAGGCUAAGCCAAUCGCUGCUGGUUGGUGACUUGCUUGAAAAGCCAGCGUUGCACUGGAGCAGCCAGCUAGGGCCAUGAGCCAGGGCUUCCUCCUCCCUCUGUGGACCAGAGCCAAAAUGGAGGUUUAGCCCAGACAGACGCUGAGCAAGUGUUCAGUGCUGCGGGUCCUCUGCCUAGGCAUGGAGUGGUGGUGGUGUUGGCUGCAGACUGGAUGACAGGGUCUUCAGGGAGAGCCGACGCGCGUCCCCCUGCACAGACACCCAACCCCCUAACUGACCACCGCUGACCCAUUACCACGGUGACACUGACACCGAAGUACAGCCUCACCCCUGCAACCACAGCAGAACCCCCACCCCCCCUCUUUUUCCUCAUCCCCCUCUAUCUGGACUCUCCUUUCCUGACCUCCCCCUUCCUCCUCCUCUCCUUACCCCCCCCUUCCCUCCUCCUUUCCUGACCCCCCUCUGUGGAUCCUUCCUCCUCUCCUGACCCCACCUUCCUCCUCCUCCUUUCCUGACCCCCCCCUGCUGAUCCCUCCUCCUCUCCUGACCUUCUCCGCCUCACCUGAACCGCCACCUCCUCUGCUGAACCCCUCUCAACCCCUUCCUUCUCUCCUACCUUGUAGUUCAUGUGCCAGGGCCUCUCUGCCCCUCUUUUCUGAAACCUGAUCUCUGACCCUUGACCCCUUUGGUCAGGAUGAGCUGGCUGAGCCGGCUGACCCCUCGAGGUCCGGGGGGCAGGUCCAGUAGGAACGUAGCACCCUCCAGUCCCUGCUCUGCUGACCCAGAGACCUGCCUCAUGGUGUUCGAGAACCACUGGAGACAGGUGUCCUGGGUGCUGGAGCAGCAGGAUCCGUCAAGCUCUAGCGAUGACCUCACCGUGGUGCGGAACCACACCGACCAGAUGCUGUGCCUCCUGGCCGAGGAGCGACCGGGGGAGUGUGAGGGACCCCCCGGGGCGGUAACGUCCGGUAACGUCCCCCCCAUUGGCCCCAUCCUGGACCUGGUGGUGUCUGAGAACGUCCUGGAGCGUGUGGUGCAGUGGCACCUGAGGCGUGGCUUGGACCCCGACAGCCAGGGGGCGUUGCUCAAGCUGUUCGAGAUGCUGAUAGGCCAGUCUCAGCAGCCCUUGCUCCAACACAAGGCGGUGCUGCAACCUCUACUGGGUCUUCUGGGGGCCUGUGCUGAGCCCCAGCUGGGCUGCCCUCCCUCUCUGGAGAACAGCCUAGUGCUGCUGCUCAACCAGAUCUGUGUGUCGAUGGCGCGUGCUCCUGCUGUGUUGGAGCUGUUGUUCAGGUCGGCCCCGGCCCAACAUGGUCCUACCAACCUGCUCAUCUUCUCCCUGCUGGUUCCCUUCAUCCACCGUGACGGGGCCAUCGGACAGCAGGCCCGCGACGCCCUCCUCCUCGUCAUGGCAACCUCCGCCAGCAACCAGGGCGUGGCACGCUACAUUGCAGAGAACUCCUACUUCUGCCCGGUGCUGGCCACGGGCCUCAGUGCUCUCUACUCCUCCCUGCCGAGGAAGAUAGAGGUACGGGGGGAUGACUGGCACGCUCUGCGCAGGGAGGACUGGAUGGGCGUGUCCUCUCUGGUGCUCUUCAUGAACUCUCUGGAGUUCUGUAACGCUGUCAUUCAGGUGGCUCACCCCCUGGUCCGCAGACAGCUGGUCGACUAUGUUCACAACGGCUUCCUGGUCCCUGUCAUGGGACCCGCCCUACACAAGUCAUCUGUAGAUGAGAUGAUAGCCAGUACAACCUACCUGGACCUGUUCCUGCGCAGCGUCACGGAAACGUCUCUCCUUAAAGCCUUCCUGCGUUUUAUCCUCAUGCAUCGCCACGACAACGACACCAUCCUGGACACGUUGCUAACGCGCAUCAGCAGCAACUCGAGGCUGUGUAUGGUGUCUUUGAGCCUGUUUAGGACUCUGCUCUCUCUCAACUGUGAAGACCUCAUGUUGCAGCUCGUUCUCAGGUAUCUGCUGCCCUGCACCCAUGUGAUGUUGAGUCAGAGGCGUGCCAUCAGGGACACUGAUCUCUAUGGUAAAUCAGCUGACAAGUUCCUGUCCCUUAUCCCAGACUGCUGCCGUCUGAGCACAGCGCCCUCUGCUGAGCGGGAGGAAGAACCUGCCCUUUGGGGUAAAGUCCUGAACAGCCCCAGCUCAGAGUCUCCAGUACACCACAAACCCAGCACUCCAUCCCGCUUGGCCCUCUUCAUGCGCCAGCAGAGCACUGGAGGAGGGCCCUGCACCCCCUCCCCCACCGAGACGGUCCCCUCGUCGCCCGGUGCCGGCCCCAACACCCCCCUGUCCCCAGACAGCCCCAUGCACCCCGUCCCAGAGGGGCUGGACUGGGAGUCGGGGUACCUGGAGUACCUCAGGGACGCCCGUAGGGGGGUAGAGCUGUGCUCCUGGGCCUGCCGGAACUGGUCAGCCCCCUACGACGGAGAGGACCCCUCACCCAACGCGGCGCCUCUACCACCCCCGCCCCCCACCUCCAACCCCUCCCUGGCCAUGUUCCCAGAGCACUUCUCCUUCCAGCAGGGUGGUAGUACCUCCCCCGGCCAGCAGAGGGCAGCGGUGGUGGCAGCGGCGCGGUCAGAGUGGAGCAGUACAGAGAGGGACAGUGGAGAGUGGGACGUCACCAUCGGUGAGAACAGCUGUAUCAGCCUCACGCCCCGCACCAAGAAACGCAGCCUGCAGAGAGAGGAUGUCCCCCUCCCCAAACCUCUCCAUCUCCCUCCUGAUUCUGCCUCCCUCCCUGACCCCUCUGCUGUUCCCCACCUCCGCUCCGCCCCCACCAAGGGCGCUCAGCAGGCCAUCAUCAAUGGGACGUUGUUGGGGGGGCAGGGGGACAGCUGUAGGGACAGCCAGGAUGGAGGGAUGGAGGUUAAGAAGGUGAAGAGAGAGUUGGGCGAGCAGCGGCACCCUGCUGGGGGGGACUCUAGUCAGAAUGGGGAGGUGAGUGCCUGCCCUGCCCAGUCCUGCGGGUCCCUACAGGGCUUCUACAGUGAAGGGAAUGGGAGUGGGGCUGCGGAAAGCUCCAGAGGUCUUCCACCACACAAACCGAGUCACACCCAGACUCCGUCUGCUUCACUGCUCUCAGAACCCCGUACCUACUCCUCCAACGACAGGCUGACCCUCCGUGCUGCAGCAUCCAGCCCUGGAUCGGGACCUCCAGAGGCAAUGCUCUUUAACCAGUCAGAAGCAGUGGAGCGACUGAUCUCUGAGCUCCUGGAUGGGGCUGGACCGGGGGAGGGGGCCCAGCAGGGGCCUGGGGACUCAAACGGCCAGGGCAUUAGCAUCGAGGCCUUCACCCAGGAACUCCGGGAGCUGGAGGAGAGGGUGAGGGAGAGGAGUAGGGGGGUGGGGCUUCUCAGACAGCUGGAAGAGACCACCAGAGACCCCCACUCAGGGGAACCACCGCCCCCCUCUCCCCUGGACGCUGACCUGAUGGGGAGCGGGGUUGUGGGGGUGUUCAGGCCUCUAGGACAGCCAUCCACUCAGCCCUACACAGGUCCAUUCAUGGUGGUUCUGUUUGCCAAGCUGGAAAACAUGCUCCAGAACUCUCUGUAUGUUAACAUCCUGUUGACGGGUAUUCUGGGCCAGCUCGCCUGCUACCCUCAACCCCUGCUCCGAUCUUUCCUCCUCAACACCAACAUGGUGUUCCAGCCCAGCGUCAAGUCUCUCAUACAGGUCCUGGGCUCAGUGAAGAGCCGCAUCGAGACGUUUGCAGCGUCCCAUGAGGAUUUCCCUGCCAUGCUGAAGAAAGCCCAGCGCUACCUGGCUGCCAGGGGCAAGGUGGACUGGACGGACUCACCCAUGGGGAUGCCCACACUGCGACGCUCUGAUUCUCUGGUGAAGAGCCGGAAACCCUCACUAGGCGACCUGAUCCUUCGCCACACCAACAGCCCCACGCGGGCACGCCACGCCGCCCAGCUCGCCCUGGCCCACGUACGAGACGGCGGCCAAUCGCUGCACAGUGCCCUGUUCCGGGGUGGGUCCGGGGCGUCGGGGCUGGAGAAGCAGGCAGAGGCUCUGAGGGUGAAGAACGCAGUCUACUGCGCCGUCAUCUUCUCUGAGUUCCUCAAGGAGCUGGCUGCUCUGGCCCAGGAGCACGCUGUCUCCAUGCCCUUCCUCCAGAGCCACGACACUGAGGAGUGAUGCUGUCUGUCUCCACACCCUUCCUCCAGAGACACGACACUGAGGAGUUGCAAACCGAUUUCAACCCUCCUCCCAGAAGAUUGAGAAGCAUUGGAUUGGUUGUAAGCGUUGUGUGGAGGGAGUUCCUUUCCACCGUUGUUCAAUCUAGUGUGUCUGUGUUGACGUCUGGGCCUGGAUCCACCUGCAGGGGGCGAAGUGGAGCACUGAUGGGGCUGAGAGCUGCAGUGAAGAGACGAGGGGGACAGUUCAUUCGGACAAUGUGAAAUCAAGAAUGAAAAUGGAAUAUAUAUAUAUACAUAUACACACACACUAAAUGUGAAUAGAUCUGUAGAUCUUGGAGAGUGGUCUGUAGUGUACAUACCAUAGCAGGGUUGGUAGUGUAGCGCUGCACCACAUGUGUACAUGGUGCUGAGUCAACUCUUUCCACUCUCCCCUCUAGUGAAUGAUGCUCAUCAGAUGUGUUAAAGCUUCCAUCUUUUUGAAAAUCUGACAACAACAACGAAAAAGACCCACAACCUUAAAUUUUCCCUGUUCAUGUUCGGUACGUCAUUUUUCAGAGCGCUGAAACUGGUUAAGCAAACUCUGAUACUCAGCGUUGAUCGUCUCAACUGUAGUGUACACAACAGGAAGGGAUCUGGCCAAUGGGCUCAGAGCAUCUCAAGAAGACAAACCUUCUGUUUUUAAACUCAUCACCUCAGCUUGUGAGAUUUAACAGGGAUGGGGAGAGGAGGAGGUCUGGAAAAGGGGAGGUGACGAGAAAGGACCCCCCCUUACUGGAAAACAAAAGUGGGUUUUGAUAUUUGUAUUUACAACCCCUCUCCAUGUUUUAUCAUCAUUCUAGAUUUAAUUUACAUAUUUUUCUUUUUAAAUAAAUGGAACAUUUUUCGACCUAUCAA